UUGGUGAUGUUAUCAAGCUAUAUUUCUUUUUAAGAGCAUCAUCAUCAUCGUACUCUUCAGCCUCAUCAUUUGGCUUCCAAAUACUAAAGAUCAUAUAUGGAGGAAAGUCUGCCUCCUGGCUUCAGAUUCCACCCCACAGAUGAAGAGCUCAUUACGUAUUAUCUAACUCGCAAGGUUUCUGAUCUUAGUUUCACGUCAAAAGCUAUAGCCGUUGUUGAUCUCAACAAGUGUGAACCUUGGGACCUCCCAGGCAAGGCUUCCAUGGGCGAAAAAGAAUGGUACUUUUUCAGCAUGAGAGACCGAAAAUACCCAACAGGUCUUCGAACCAACCGAGCCACUGAAGCAGGCUAUUGGAAAACCACAGGGAAGGACAAGGAAAUAUUUCGUACUGGAGUGUUAGUUGGGAUGAAGAAAACCCUAGUGUUUUACAAGGGAAGAGCUCCUAGGGGUGAGAAAAGCAAUUGGGUUAUGCAUGAAUAUAGGCUAGAAAACAAGCAUCCUUUCAAAUCGUCAAAGGAAGAAUGGGUGGUUUGUAGGGUUUUCCAAAAAAGUGCAAUGAAAAAACCACAGCAGACACCAUCAACGCUGCCAUCUCUUGAGUCUCCAUGCGAUACAAACUCUAUAGUAAACGAGUUUGGAGACAUUGAGUUACCAAAUUUGAAUAACAUUGCAAAUUCAUCAAGUGGGUUCAGUAACAUAUCACCGCAUAGUUACAACAGCGACAAUAAUAAUAUUAAUAUGAACAUGAACUUGAACAUGAAUAAUUGGGCUGCAGUAAGGGAAGCAGCUGCGGCUAGUCUUCCAUCACUCUCAUGGCCUUCAAGCUUGCUAAGCUCUGGUCUUUCCGUGAAUUCCUUGCUUCUCAAGGCAUUACAACUGAGAAAUUAUCAACCAAGAGACGCUACAAGUACAGAUUACUCGUAUAUGCCACAAGGGUUUUCUCAGUUUGGAAGUGAGCAUUUAAGUUCAAAUUUGCAAGCUUCUUCCUCUAAGGUUUUAGAAUCUGUGCAACAACAGCAAUCGGAGCAACCAUUCAAUAUGGACUCCAUGUGGUGAAGCAAUCUUAAAGUGCGAGAACUAACUUCUUGUAAACAUUUCUUCUGUUUAAACCAUAUAUAUAUAUAUGACCUAUCGACAAAUGGAAAUAUUACAUUGUAGUCGCAAGGUUAUUGAUGGGGCUAAGCCCAUGCCACUAAUGUUGUAUUGUUGUUCAGUUCUUCUAGAUAGGUAUGUUAAAAUAGGGAAGCUUCUCUGGCCAUCUGUUCGUGGCUCUGUCUAUCUUCAAUUAAGUUGGUCUAGUUCGAUGUCAAAUAGGGGAAACUCCUCCCCAAUCCUUGUUGUUAUGUACUACGUAGAACUUUUCUGUCUAUACUCGUUCAUUGUUGAUGAAUAAUCCCAAGAAAAGAAAGCACUGUUGGCUGUUGGGUGCAUUA